AUGACAGCACCAAUGGGUUACGGUGUCCAUACACCUAUGAUGCAGCAGCGUCCUCUGUUACCACCACAGCAGCAGCAGCAGCAGCAGCAGCAACAGCAGCAGCAGCAGCAGCAGCAGCAGAGAGCAACAACAUUAUAUAUAGGCAAUAUAACUAAGCAUGCAGAUAAUGAUUUUAUGAGGAAUCUAUUAGGGGAAUUUGGUCGUGUAUUACGAUGGAAUAGACAGAGUGAUCCAAUAAAUGGUCAAUUGGCGGCAUUUGGAUUUGUUGAUUUUGUUGAUCCUCUUUCUGCUGCUAAAUGUAUAUCUUCUCUUAUUAAUACUAAAUUACAUAAUAGACUUCUUGUUGUGAAUUGCAAUGACAAAGUUAGAGCGGAGAUCGCAAAAGUUACAGAGGAAAGAAUUCUUGCUACUAUGCGAGCUUAUAAGACGAAGACACGACAACAAGUAGAGGAAGAAAUUCAAGAAGAAUAUAAAAAAUUAAGAGAAGGAGUGCAGCAAAUAUUAGAUAAAAAAAAUGCUAGCCUACCUGACGAUGAUGAUGCUGAGCCAACAGAUCCAAAGGUAGAGCCACCGCCGCAACCUCCUGAGCCUCACAGCAGCAGCAGCAGCAGCAAUCAAGGUAGCAGCAGCAGUAAUUUAACAAAUGGUAGCAGCAGCAGCAAGACAGCAGCAGCAGCAGCAGCAGAUACAGCAGCAGGCUCCGCCUUCCAUAGACUAAGGAAGCUAGACCCUGAAGCAAUUGCUGCUGCAGCAGAGAAUUCUAUCUAUCGUAUUGCCCCUGAUGGGACUGAUAGACGAACAGAAUUCACUCGUCGUGAAGCGGCUUGGAAGAUACAAGAACAGAACUUGGCUGUAGAUAGAGAAAAGGAGUUGGUUGGUGAGAUGGAGAUAAGCCAAGAAGAUAAAAGAAGACUUAUUGAGGCAGAUCUAAGAGGAGAAUGGUGGGAGGGUUUAGAGGAUCCGUCAGUUCGUGCAGAGAGAAAAGCGCGAAGAAAAUUAGAGGCAGAAGAUGAUGCUGCAGAUGCAGCAGCAGAGCAGCAGGAGCUGCAGCAGCAGCAGCAGCAGCAGCAGCAGCAGGAUAGGGAUAUGAGUGAGGAUCGUGAGUUAGAUGAGCAGCAUGCAAAGAAAGACAGCAGCAGCAAAGAUAAACAUAAAUAUGGCAGCAGCAGCAGCAGCAGCAGCAGCAGCAGCAGCGGAGAUAAAGGAAGAAGCUCAGAUAAAACAAAAUCGCAUGGUUCCAACGGAUAA